CCUUGGGAACAGCCGGGAUGGGAGCGGGAGGGAAGGAAUUCAGCGGGGAUGGGGCUGGAAUCCCCCGGGACGGGGCUGUGCGGAGCCGCUUGGUUCCUCCCAAGGAUUUGUUGCUUUGGGAUCAAGAAAAGCCGGGAUAGUUCCGUUCAGGAGAGGAGCGGGCCGGGCUUCCUAUUGCCCAGGGGCUCCGGGAAGGGAACUGGGCUGAUUUCAGGUUGUUUGGAUGCUUUCCCCCCUCCUGCAGAUACCGGGAAAAGCCCUGUGCUUUGUUCUGCGCUUGGGAAGGGCAGCACUCCCGGUGUCCCUGCAGCUGGAAUUCCUGGUUUUUGCAGAACUUGAGGCUGGCACUGGGGACAGCUGACCCCUCCCUUCCUUUUCUUGGCUCCUGGGACAGCUUUUGUUUUACUGAGCCUCAGGCUCAUCCCCCAAUUCCCCCCCUCCAAAUUUAUCCCGUGGGGCAGCACCAGCUGCGGGAGCUGGAUCCCCCCACCAGGAUGACCAAAACCAGGGAAUGGUUUUAAUGAAUGGCUUCUGUCCAUGGACAGGGAGCAGCAGGAAUCCAGCCGGGGCGGUUUUUCCAGUGUAAAUCCUUGAGCUGGUCUCGGUGCCCUCCUGGAAACCCAACUCUGGCCCAGGCAGGAAAUAUCCACGUGUUCCAGGAGCAGGAACAGCUCCCAGCUCCAUGCUUGUGCCACAUGUUGCCUCCCCACUGCUGCUCUGAGAUCCCAGCCUUGGGAAUGCCGUGAUCAUAAUCCAUCCUGGGUUUAGGGAAUGAGCAGGCUCAGUGACUUGUGAUCCAUCCUGGAUGUAGGGAAUGAGCAGGCUCAGUGACUUGUGAUCCAUCCUGGAUGUAGGGAAUGAGCAGGCUCAGUGACUCGUGAUCCAUCCUGGAUGUAGGGAAUGAGCAGGCUCAGUGACUCGUGAUCCAUCCUGGAUGUAGGGAAUGAGCAGGUUCAGUGACUCGUGAUCCAUCCUGCAUGUAGGGAAUGAGCAGGUUCAGCUUCAGGCACGGAGGGUGAUGGUUGAGAUCCCACCUGGGGGGAUCCCAGGGAUGAUCCCUGAUCCCAGUUUCCCAGGGUGGGCUUUGCGGUGCAGCAGAGCCCAACGGGAAUUGGAGCAUGGUUAAAACUGGCAAAUGCCAGUUUUUUGGUGGCCAGGAGCAAACCCAGGGAGCAAACAAGGAGCAAACGAGCUGGAAAAGUGGCAGGGAGAGCUGGCCUGGCUCCGGCCCAGCCCUGCUCCCUUCCCGUGCCUGCUGAGCUCCUGGGAUAACGCCAGAAAUCCCGGGGCUGCUCCGGCAUCGUCCCCGUGACCGUCACGUGCCCGGGAGGAUGAGGGGGCAGCGAUCCCGGCUGCAUGGGCCAGGAGCCACCACCUCCUCCCGGGGCUGACAUCGCCGGGAACCUGUCCCCGGGGCUGGCCGGGCCCCGUGCUGACCCUGCUCCGUGUUUCUGGUGGAUUUGCAGACAGCAGCCGGCUGCUGGGGGCCCGGCGCCCGGGCUACGGGACGCUGCAGCUGGACACGGACCCGGCCCACAUGUGGUCCCUCUCCCCCAGGAGGUGACGGGCUACCAGCGCAGGACGUGGCGGGUGCUGCUGUGCCACGCGGGCUCCGUGCUGAGCGCGGGGCUGCUCCUGCUGCUCUUCCACUGGAAGCCCAGCCUGGAGGUGCAGGCCAAGUGCCAGCCCUGCGCCCUGGGCCAGGCGGACUGGGUCAUCAUCAGGGACCGUUUUGGGCAGUGCUUCACCACCAAGGUGCUGACGGAGCCGCUGGGCGAGGCCAGCAGCCUGGAGCAGCACCCCGGGGCCCAGCCGGAGCGCGGGAGCAGCGUGGCCGUGGCGGUGCCGGACGAGGAGGAGAGCCGUGACACUGUGCGGCUGCACGACAAGGACGAGCAGAAGAACCUCCUGAGGUAUUACCUGUUCCAGGGAAUGCGCUACGUGUGGCUGGAGCGGCGGCAGGCCUUCUGCAGAGUCAGCGUCCUGGACGAGGGCUGGACCUGCGCAGAGCUGCACCUGUGCCAGGCCGGGCUGGACCAGCAGGAGCACGGUGCCAGGAGGAAGAUCUACGGCCCCAACCUCAUCGAGGUGCCCGUCAAGUCCUACGCCAGGCUCCUGGUGGAGGAGGUGCUCAACCCCUUCUACCUGUUCCAAGUGCUCAGCAUGGUGCUGUGGGUGUGCGACGCCUAUUACUACUACGCCGCCUGCAUCUUCCUCAUCUCCACCUUCUCGCUGGGGCUGUCCCUCCACGAGACGCGCAAGCAAAGCACCACGCUGCGGAACAUGGCCAGGAUGUCCGUGGGGGUCCGGGUCCGGCGGCCCGGAGGAGAGGAGCUGGUGCUCAGCUCGGUGGAGCUGGUGCCCGGGGACUGCAUCCUGCUGCCGGCGGCCGGGGCGCUGCUGCCGUGCGACGCCGCGCUGCUGACCGGCGAGUGCAUGGUCAACGAGAGCCUGCUGACCGGAGAGAGCGUGCCGGUGAUGAAGACGCCGCUGCCGGCGGGCGGAGCCGCGUACUGCCCCGAGGAGCACCGGCGGCACACGCUGUUCUGCGGGACACAGGUCAUCCAGGCCAAGGCCUACGUGGGCGGGGAGGUGCUGGCUGUGGUCACCCGCACAGGGUUCUGCACGGCCAAGGGGGACCUCAUCAGCUCCAUUCUCUACCCCAAACCCGUGAGCUUCAAGUUCUACAAGGACGCUGUGAAGUUCGUGCUGUUCCUCGCCAUCCUGGCUCUCGUCGGCACCUUGUACAGCAUCCUCAUCCUGGUUAGGAACCAGGUCCCCGUGGGACAAAUCAUCAUCCGCGCCCUGGACCUGGUCACCGUCAUCGUGCCGCCAGCGCUGCCGGCCGCCAUGACCGUGGGCACCAUCUACGCCCAGAACCGGCUGAAAAAACAGGGAAUCUUCUGCAUCAGCCCCCCGCGGAUCAACCUGUGCGGGAAGCUCCGCCUGGUGUGCUUCGACAAGACCGGGACGCUGACCCAGGAGGGGCUGGACGUGUGGGGCGUGGUGCCCCUGGAGCGGCAGCGCUUCCUGCCCAUCGUGCACGAGCCCCGCUGCCUGCCCGCCGGCGCCCUGCUCUACGCCCUGGCCACCUGCCACGCCGUGUCACCGCUGCGGGGACAGCUCGUCGGGGACCCCGUGGACAUCAAAAUGCUGGAAUCCACCGGCUGGCGCCUGGAGAUGAUGGAGGAGGAGGAGGAGGAAGGGGAGCUCCCAGCGUUCCAGCAGUUUGAGAUGAAGGUCUUGGCUGUGGUGAAACCUCCGCCGGAAGAGGAGCAACCUUGGGACAGGGUAACCCCAUGGAACAGCUCCCCACCCUCCUGCCUCCUGGAGGAGUUCCUGCCCGGCCCUGAUCCCUCCCGCUCUCCACAGAGGCACCAGGCCCCCCUGGGGAUCCUGCGGCGCUUCCCGUUCUCCUCCUCCCUCCAGAGGAUGAGUGUCCUGGUCAAGCUGCCCGGGGAGGCCUCGGCCCACGCCUACGUCAAGGGCGCCCCGGAGAUGGUGGCCAGUCUGUGCAGGAAGGAAACUGUGCCCCCGGAUUUCUCCCAGAUGCUCCGGCACUACACCACUGACGGGUUCCGGGUCCUGGCUCUGGCCUGCAAAGCCCUGGGCACGGUGGCCACCUUCGAGGAGGCCCUGCAGCUCCCCAGGGACUCCGUGGAGAGCGGCCUGAACUUCCUGGGGUUCCUGGUCAUGAAGAACGUCCUGAAGCCGGAGUCUGCCCCGGUGAUCCAGCUGCUGAGGAGUGCCAACAUCCGCCCCGUCAUGGUGACAGGGGACAACAUGCUGACAGCCAUGAACGUGGCGCGGGGGUGCCGCAUGGUGGAGCCCAGGGAGGGCGUGAUCUUCGUCACGGCCUCGCCGCCCGGCCACGACAAACCCGCUGCCCUCAAGUUCGUCCUGGCCGAGCAUUCCCAGGGCGAGGAGCAGCCCGAGGGCCUGCAGCAGCAGGACGGCUCCUCCCUCCCACCCCGGCACUGCCACUUCGCCCUCAAUGGGAAAUCCUUCCAGGUGGUCUGCGAGCACUUCUCCGAGCUGCUGCCCAGGAUCCUGCUCCGGGCCACCGUGUUCGCCCGCAUGCUGCCUGAGCAGAAGACCCAGCUGGUGUGCAGCCUGCAGGAGCUCAACUACUGCGUGGGGAUGUGCGGGGACGGUGCCAACGACUGCGGGGCGCUGCGGGCGGCCGACGUCGGCAUCUCCCUGUCCGAGGCCGAGGCGUCGGUGGCCUCGCCCUUCACCUCCCGCGUGGCCACCAUCGAGUGCGUGCCCAGGGUCAUCCGGGAGGGCCGGUGCUCCUUGGUCACCUCCUUCGGGGUCUUCAAGUACAUGGCCCUGUACAGCCUGGUCCAGUUCGUGUCCGUGCUCCUGCUCUACACCAUCAACACCAACCUGAGUGAUUUCCAGUUCCUGUUCUUCGACCUGGUGAUCACCACCACGGUGGCCGUGCUGAUGGGGCGCACGGGGCCGGCGCCGGCGCUGGGCGUGCAGCGGCCGCAGGGAGCCCUGAUCAGCGGGCUGGUGCUGGGCAGCCUCCUGCUGCAGACAGCCCUGCUCAUCACCGUGCAGGUCCUCAGCUACUUCAUCACCGUCUCGCAGAGCUGGUACGUCCCCCUGAACAGCACGGUGACAGCGCCCCAGAACCUGCCCAACUACGAGAACACCGUCCUGUUCUGCGUCACCGGCUUCCAGUACCUCAUCCUGGCCGUGGCCAUGUCCAAGGGCUACCCCUUCCGGGAGCCACUCUACACCAACGUGCUCUUCCUGCUCGUCCUCAUCCUGCUCUUCGGCCUGAUGAUCUGGCUGACCCUGUACCCGCUGGGCUUCCCCAAAUCCCUGCUGAAGCUCCAGCCCAUCGAGGAUUUCAAUUUCAAGCUACUCCUCUUGGGCAUCGCCGCCCUCAACUUCUUCGCUGCCUUCGUGCUGGAGACCGCCCUGGAUCACGGCUUGCUCGGCUGCUUCCGAAGGCUGCGCCGGAAAAAGGCCUCCAAGAAGCUUUUCAAGAGGCUGGAGAAGGAGCUGAGCCAGCAGCAGCCGGCCUGGCCCCCCCUGGACCAGCCCCUGUUCGCCACGCCCAGGAUGUCCCUGGCCGUGAGAUAGCAGUGCCAGCGGUGCCUCUGCCCCAGCCCUCGGACACUUCCUUAAUUUAUUUAUCCCAGAAGAAGCAGGGAUGCGGCGGGUGGGAUCCCUCAGCAUCACAGAUGGGAAUCCCAUGGGCACGGUGAUCCCGUGGGCACAGUGAUCCCAUGGCCACGCUGAUCCCACAGCCACACUGAUCCACAGCCACGGUGAUCCUGUGGCCACACUGAUCCCGUGGCGACGGUGAUCCCAUGGUCAUGGUGAUCCCGUGGCCACUCUGAUCCCAUGGCCACACUGAUCCCAUGGCUACCCUGAUCCCAUGGCCACCCUGAUCCCAUGGCCACACUGAUCCCAUGGCCACACUGAUCCCAUGGCUACACUGAUCCCAUGGCUACACUGAUCCCGUGGCCACCAUGAUCCCGUGGCCACCAUGAUCCCGUGGCCACACUGAUCCUAUGGCCAUGCUGAUCCCAUGGCCACCCUGAUCCCGUGGCCACCCUGAUCCCGUGGCCACCCUGAUCCCGUGACCACACUGAUCCCAUGGCUACACUGAUCCUGUGGCCACCCUGAUCCUGUGGCCAUGCUGAUCCCAUGGGCACGCUGAUCCCAUGGCCACACCGAUCCCAUGGCCACACCGAUCCCAUGGCCACCCUGAUCCCAUGGCCACCCUGAUCCCAUGGCCACAC